GGGUACCCUACCGUGAGGUGCCUCCGCCUAAAAGCCCCUGCAGACUUCCACUCUUCCCCAAAUCUACACCAAUCUCCCCGUUCUCCACGUCUCUGUAGAUUGUAGUCUCUCCUUCCAUGGCUUCAGUCGCCGUCACUUGCGGCAGGUCCAUCCUCCGGUCCACGUCCGUCCGCAAUGCAGCGGCGAGACUCACAGUGGAGGCCAAAGCCGCUCGCUCUCCCUUUCGCCUCUCCAAGCCACAGAAACCUCUGUCGCACCGUGUCUUCAGGUCUUCUGUUGAGAUGAGCAGCUGUAUAGAGUCAAUGUUGCCCUAUCACACAGCAACUGCUUCUGCAUUGCUGACUUCGAUGCUCUCGGUCUCUCGCAGGAGUUACGGUUGGCUUCUUGAAGCUUGCAAAGAUGACGUAUGAUGAUUGUCCAUCGGCCUGAGCAAAGUUUUAUGUGCAAAUUCCCUGCAUUCUAAGACAGUGAUGACUGAUAAAUUAGAAGCAUUAAAUGACCUGCAAAUGAUGUCUUUUCUUUUGAUCAUUCUACUUAAAUGACAAAUACCUGUUUUGAUGGUAUUCCUUUUACUAGUUAAGUUUGAUGCCUGUGUUUUCUCUUCCCCUCCCCUGCAGUUAUCCUGGCACCUAUAGGCUAUAAGAGAUUACAUGUAAAGGGCCUUCUGUCUUUCUAUCUUGUCACUAGAUGGUUCUGUAACUGGAUAUUUCUCUAAUGACAAUGAUUAGUAUAAUGGCGAUGAAAUUUCUAUGGUCA